AGAGGGGGGAGGAGAGAAGAAGAGGUGAAACAGAAAAAGAGAACAAGGAGAGAGAGAGAGAAGGGUGAAACAGAGAGAAAGGGGGAAGAGUGUGAAAAAGAGAGAGAGGAGGCGUUCUCUAACAGAAAGAGGGAGAGGAGAGCAAAAUAGUUGUUUUCUAACUCCAUGUGGCUCACACUGAGAGGUCUCUCUAGAAUAUUUUAUUUAUUUUUCUUCUGUUCAUGUUAUCACCAUGGAUAAUACAGAAUAAAAACCUUGUUAAACUGGGAUUUUCUUCAAUCUGAAUUCAACUGUAAAACAGAUUUAAUCUCAGACUGAUUCUUCUUGUGGGACUAGUUUUAUUAGGAUCCUACUAGUUGUCUGGUGUGGAUAUAAUACCAGUCUGUCUUUGAGAUGGGGUCCAGAACUCUUCUACUUAUUCUGGGUCUUCAUUUAACUCUACUGGGGAACCUAGAGGCCAGAGAUUGCGGCCAAGGCUUCAUAGCGAAAGGGAAAAAAGAAUGUGUUGAUACAGAUGAGUGUAAAGAGUGGGACAGUACCACACCCUGUGGAAGUAAUACCACGUGUUACAAUACCAUCGGGAGCUACUACUGUCAGUGUCAACCUGGGUUCAAAUCCACAAAGACUGUCAACUUCACUGCUCUCACUGGAGAGUGUAAGGGUGUGUAUUCAAACCACGAUGAGUGCCAGGAGAGACCACAGGUUUGUAGCAGCAACACCAUUUGCGUCAACACCAUCGGGAGCUACAUUUGCCAGUGUCAACCUGGGAUCUCUAAUCACACUGGACAUUGUGCAGUACUGACCUGUGACCAGUUCAAAGCGGAUGAGACUCCUGGACAGACUGUCCCAGGUUUAGCUGGUCUCCUGUCUCUGAUGAGGAACAGCUGUCUGGCAUUAAGUAACUCUGGGGACGCAGCCGCAGGGAGGCUGACUGGAGAGAUGCUACUGGAGAAUGUAUUCACGGAGAUAGACGGUUUCCUGUCUCAAGGUAUCCUAAGCAACAGCCGGGAGGUGAGUGGGUUGCUAGGCACCGUGGAAGACGCCAUGAGGUUCAUCGGGCCACAGCUCAGAGACAACCACACCACCAUGGAGAAAAACCACACAGAGGCUGAGAUUGCAGUGAGGAGGGGACAGACUCCGCCCACUGGGCCAAUCAGCCUGGCCAAUGACAACGCUCGGCUGGACACCAGCUGGGAGACAGCCACCGGCAAUGGGACAUACCCAGGUUUCACUCUGGCUGGGUUGGUGUGUUACAAGACAGUGGAGAGAUCUGUCAACAACUCCUUCCAGUACCUCACUGACACAGACACAGACACAGACACAGACACAGACACAGACACAGACACAGCAACAUCCACAGCAUCAAAGCCUAGCUACCAGAUCAGUUCCAAGGUGGUAACAGCUCUCGUCAGUAACCCAGCAACAGACCACCUCACCCAGCCUGUCAUCCUCACCUUCAAACAUCUCCAGGUGAGGGCGGAGUCAUCAGAAAUGAACUAUACCUGUGUGUUCUGGUCGGAGGGGCGUGUCCAUGAAGAGGGAGGUGCGUGGUCAAGGAGUGGCUGUACCAAAGUCACGUCUAACGCUACACACACUGUGUGUUCCUGUACCCACCUUAGCAGCUUUGCUGUUCUCAUGGCCCUCUACCCUGUAAAGGAUACCUUUGAGCUGUGUCUGUUGACGUGGCUGGGUCUGUCGGUGUCUGUGGUGUGUCUGUUGCUGUGCAUCCUGACCUUCUGGCUGUGUCGGUCCAUCCAGGGGACACGAACCACCAUCCACCUCCACCUCUGUGUCUGCCUCUUCAUCGCUGACCUCGUCUUCCUCACCGGCAUCUCUCACACACAGAGCAAGGGAGGAUGUAGGGUUGUAGCAGGUCUCCUCCACCUGUUCUUCCUAGGAUCCUUCAGUUGGAUGUUGUUAGAGGGGGUUCAGCUCUACCGCAUGGUGGUCCUGGUCUUCAACACUACCAUAAGACCUCUGUACCUGUAUGCUGUGGGAUAUGGACUGCCACUGGCUAUAGUCAUCAUCUCUGCUAUCACCUACCCAGAUGGAUACGGUACCACACAACACUGUUGGUUGUCUCUGGAGAGAGGAUUCAUCUGGAGUUUCUUCGGCCCAGUGUGCACUAUCAUCAUUCUCAACGCUUUCAUCUUCAUCAUCACUGUCUGGAGGCUGGCCCAAAAGUUAUCUAUUCUCAACCCUGACCUCUCCAACCUACACAAGAUCAAGGUGUUCACAGUGACAGCAGUGGCCCAGCUGUGUGUGUUGGGUACUAUGUGGAUAUUUGGAGUGUUCCAGUUCCAAGAGGAGGGGACAGUGGUCAUGACAUAUCUCUUCACUAUCCUCAACUCUCUACAGGGAGCACUACUGUUCAUCAUGCACUGCCUACUGAACAAAACGGUGAGAGAGGACUAUGGCAAGCUCCUGUCCUGUAUCUGCACACUACAGAAGAAGAGAUACUCGGAGUUCAGCACUACCAACCCUUCCUCCAGCCAAUCCCAGGUACACACACAGAGACAGAGAGACAGAGAGACAGAGAGACAGAGAGAAUGUUAACCUCUGUUCUUGUACCAUUGUGUGUCCUAGGGGUCAAGGGGUGCCCAAAACACAGGGGAGUUGCAGAUAUGAUGACAUCACCAAACCCCCACAAUGCACCUCUUUACUCCCACUCCCUUUUCAGGCCUGGUCAGUCGAAAAUGUGCCCUACUAGCCCGGCGGGUUAGUAAAAAUGUGCCCUAUCUAGAACCUAAAAUGGUUCUUCGGCUGUCCCUGUAGGAGAACCCUUUGAAUAACGCUUUUUUGUUUCCAGGUAGAAACCUUUUUUGUUCUAGGUAGAACCUUUUUGGAUUCCAUCUAGAUACCUUUCCUGGAACCAAAAAGGUGCUUUUAUGUGGAGAGCCCCUUUUUCUAAGCGUGUACGGAAUCCUUAAAUUCCACCCCUGAUUAAACACUUAAUAUCAAACUUGAUGUUAACCACUGUCUUAUCAAGCAUUAGGUUAUCCAAUCAGAAGUUAUAUCCUCUUUAUGUCAUCCAAUAGGAUAAGAGGGAGUAGGAAGUGACAAUGAUGCAAUGAUGUCACAGUAGUUUCAUUUUCACAGACAUAACAUUUACAUUUCAGUCAUUAAGCAGAGCAUCUUACAGACAGAAAAGGAAUGUUUAUGUCAUCCAAUCAGAAGAUAUAUGAUCUUCCUGUCAUCCAAUAGGAAUCCAUAUGAUCUUAUGUCAUUUUACAGUUAAGAACAAAUUCUUAUUUUCAAUGACAGCCUAGGAACAGUGGGUUAACUGCCUUGUUCAGGAGCAGAACAACAGAUUUGUACCUUGUCAGCUCAGGGACUUGAACUUGCAACCUUUCGGUUACUAGUCCAACGCUCUAACCACUAGGCUACACUGCCACACCAAUUUUUUUUACACCACAUCGUCAAAUAGACAGAUGAAACCACAAUCAUAAACAUAAGCUUUCUUCCUUUACAUUAAUGUGAUAGAUUUAUAGUAAUAUUUAUUACCAAGAGCACAAGAUAGGAUGCAUUUCUACUCAAAUAAAUCCAGAGGGAUUUAGAAAAACCUAAGAUAUGUGAAGAAAUGUGUUAGUUGUGACCUAAUGGACUGUUAUACUGUAAAUGUGUAUAAUUUCUGCAGUCACUAAUACUUCUUAUUAACUUUCAUGAAUAGGCCUUUUUAAAUUAUUAUACAUAUUUAUUAAUACUUAUAACAAUUAUUUCAAAUGUUGUUUGAAUGUUAAUGGAAGGCUUGUAAUGCUUACACAUUCUUAUAAAAUGUUUAUAAAGGCUUACAAAUAUAUAUAUUUGAAUAGUCCAUAAAUGGUUUGUUAAAAUGCUUAUUUGUUAUAGUUAUUAUGAAGUGUUACCAUAGCAACCUCUAUCAGGGCCUUCAUGCACCCCAACAAUCUGAAGGGACACAGAGUAUGAGAGGAUGGCUGAUGGGUGGUCCAGAAGGGGGCUAGUUGAAUCAUUUUGAAUUUUUCAAACACCUGAAAAAGCUUUUUCCUGUGGCAUUAACAAUAAGUAAUUAUGCUUAAUUCUAUGUAAAAAAAAAUACAUAUAUUUUCUGCAUAUCUAAGUUUACCUCUUGAGCUGUCUGUACCCUCCUGACUGGUGAUUAUUUUUUAAAGAAACUAAAAUGCUUCUCUACAUUCAGUACAUUUAGUUAUUGCUUGCUUUUCAAAGUCUACCAACCUUGCCAGCAGGCAGACCAGCUAAGAUAGUUAACAAACUGGUUAUGCCCCUGUGUCCCUGAUGCCUCUCACCUCUGACCUCUAUGAGAUAAUAUGAGAGUCUUUGAGUAGAACAUGGCUUCAUCAAUCACACUGCUUUUGUCCAAAAACAGCGUUUAUCAACAGGUUUUUUCAGAAAUCCCAGUUGAAAGAUUCCCAGAAUCAGGAGGAAAUAAGCAGGAAAUCUGGAAUUCUCCAAACGGGAUUUUGGGGAAAACCUGGAAAUUUGUUUGAAAGGUUAAAGAAAAUGUGAUACCCUACAGGCGUUUUCCUGGACACAGGAAGGUUUGUUUACUUCUGACCAACAGAACCCGGGUCCAGCGACUGUGAACCCAACACCUUAGUUGUUACGCCAAGAGAACCCAACCUCCUGACGAGGUCGCUAGGUGUUGGGUGAAGGUCGUUACAAUAGAUAAUAUUAUAAUAUCAUGAAUAAAUUGGUAGAGGUCCAUAGGCACAGAUCUAGGAUCAGAAUACAGUAAUGUACUGUAUAGUUCUGCCAUGGUAGAAGUCCUUAGGCACUGAUCGAGGACCAGAAUACAGUAAUGUACUGUAUAGUUCUGCCAUGGUAGAGGUUGUCCUUAGCCACAGAUCUAAGGUACAUCAAAUUAUUUACUUUUUAACUUUUAAAUCAGUGAUUUAUAGCCAUCGAUUCUUGAAGAAUAUGACUUAUAACCCCUUUAAGGUUCCACCCUAAACGAGAUACUCAGCUGUCUUCAACAAAUUGUCAAAACAAUGUCUGCAUUCAAUAUAUUUUUUUUAUUCUAUUCUUUUGCACUUUUACUUCGACAAUCGGUUUGGUUUAGUUUAUAAAAAAUAAAAAUAAAAUAUUAAAUGAAAAAUAAUUCAAAGCAAUUGUGUAUUUUUAGGAUGUAUGAUUUUUAUGUCCUUCUAUGAGCAGAGUUCUGAAUGUAAGCAUGUAUUGUUGUACUUGACUGUGGGGGGUCUGUAUGGCUG